AUGAAACUUGAGGUGCAAGUUGUGGAGAAGGCCAUUGAGGUCGUGAAGAAGCCUAGAGAGAGGAAGAAAGCUAUCUCAUCCAUGAACAACAAGGGAAAGACCAAGAAGGAAAAGAAAUCUAAGAACCCCAACUUACCUAAAUGUCUGCCCAUUGCCUUCUUUCUUUUCAUGGAUGACUUCAGAAAAGAAUAUAAAGCUACAAAUCCAUGCUCCAAGAGUGUUGCUGUGGCGGCCAAAGAGGAUGGUGAGAGAUGGAAAUCCAUGUCUGAUGAGGAGAAGAAUGUUUACGUGGAUGCUCACAAAGGCUGCAGUGGAACUAAACACCAACACAUUUUCUCUAAAGAACUAUAUGAACGCCUAGAACUUUAG